CAGCCUGGCCCACGGGAGGGAAUAACUGCUCCAGAAACCGCAAACGCAGAGACGCGCGGCCUCGGAGCUGCGGAGAACGCGCCUGCGAGCUCAAAGGGAGAAAAAGGCAGUAGUUUAAAGGCAAUAAAAAUACCCGUACUUAAAGAUCCCCCUGAAGCUGACCGCAGCCAUAGCCCUGGUGACCUCGUUCAGCAGAAGGGAAUAGACAAAACUGUGGCAGAAGAGAAGCAGAUGUACCUAGAAGUUGGUGUGGAAUGUAAAGCCCCUCUUUCUGCUUUGCAUACCAAGAACGUCCAUCUGUCAGUGAUAGAGGGUUUCAGAGGUCACAAUGAAGGGACAUCCAAAAAUUACCUAACCAGCAUACAAAAGCUUCGAGAGAGCAAGGAGCAGAUGGCUGUAGCUUCUGAGCCCAUCCUGAAUGCGAGGAGGGACACUGAGCUGGCGCUACACCAGUUCUUGCUCCACACCUCCAAAAGCCAACCCAUCUGUCUAUCCCAGGCCUCUGGCAGGAGCACGCCGGCAGGUGCCAUGGGCUUGGAGUGGUUUCCAGACUUGUAUCCUAAUUAUGAUGGGCUGAGUAUUUUUCCAGGGAAACCUUUCCAAGAAGAUGUGGGGAUCACAACAAAGAUACCAAAGGGCAAUUUCUCAGAGGGACGGCAAGGUCCCCUCGCAGAAAGGCACCUGAUGGAUGUAAGGCUGGGGGAGCUGCCCGCGUGGCUGGCCACCUGCGACUUGUCUCCCCAGGGGCUGCUUGGAGGAGUGCGGAAAGCCUGGAGCAGCUAUUACAACAAAUACAUCAACGUGAAGAGGGGCGGACCGGCUGGGAUCUCCAUGCUGCUGGCUGGGUACUGCCUCCUCAGCUAUGUCUGGAACUAUCAGCACAUCAAGUGUCAUCGCUGGCGUAAAUACCACUGAAGAAGCUGGAACAACACCCAAGGAACAGUCACAAAUAUUUGACUGGGAGCCAGCAGAAGUGCUCAGAACCAGUGUCCCAACAGGGAUUCAAAUCAGCAGAGGCCCAUUUACUGUCAGAGACAGGUUCAUUAAUUGUCGAGGGGGCUGCUUUUCAGUUACCCUCCUGUAGCCGGAGGGGUGACACUGACAGUCACAGCCUGCGGUCACUGCUCUGUGGUUCAGGCAGCAUUUAGUACUGAAAGAAGAAAGUGUUAGAGCCGCCCCUUUGGAGGUCUGUAUGCAGUAGAGCUCCUGUAGUCUGCAGGAGCCCAAAUAUCUCGCUUUGGGACGCCAGACACAGGGCAGCUCCUUGACCUGGGCUGUUAAUAUAGAUUAAUCGACACGUACGUUGUAGUCUGAGUGUUUGGCAGUAAGGUUUGUGAUGGGUUGUGGCAGGGUGGGGUUAGGCCAGAAUAACCAUUCCCUUUAAGUUAGCAGAGUUGUGCCCGGCGCAGCCCAUCUUACCCGUCUUACCCCUCUCCACAGCAAGCACGAUGGGGUUUGCUACCGACUGGCAGGAGAAGGGUGGUCCCUGCAGGGCCCUUCCACAAAGGGCUCCCAGCCCCUACUUCGCUGUCAG